GGGGGGCUGUGGCGGAGCCCCUCGGCUGCAUGUCUGACGCCUUCAUGCCGGGGAAGCUGAGGAGGAGCAGGAGGGGGGUGCUGGAGAAGCGGUGGCAGAGCCUGGAGGAGAGGGGCAGCGCGGGCACCCGGCUGGGUCACCCCGUGCUCGCCAGAUCCAAAACCUGCGACCCUUCCUUCUGCGAGGAGACAGACCCAGCUGCGGCGGCCACGGGCACGCAGGGCCACCCACCCCCGUCGCUGAGCAAGCGCGUCGCCGGUUACCGCAAAGCCUUCGGGGAGCUCGCCGAGCGGGAAGCGCUGCUGGCCUGCUUCUCCUGCGCUUGGCAGAGAGAGGUGCCUUACCACGGCCGCCUCUACAUCUCCUCCCGCCACAUCUGCUUCCACUCCAGCCUCCUGCUCAAGGACAUCAAGGCAGUGGUCCCCAUCGUCUCCAUCUUGGCCCUCAAGAAGACCAACACAGCGCUCCUGGUGCCCAACGCGCUCAGCAUCCGCACGGCCGAGGGGGAGAAGUUCCUCUUCGUGUCGCUUCGCCGGCGGGAGGCCACGUACCAGCUCCUGAAGUCAGUCUGCAAACACCUGCAGGACAACAGCUGGAGCCCUCCGGCCUCUCUGAGCAAUGAGGAAAUCCUUAGGAAGCCUCUGACCUCAAGCCAGUCGGACCUGGAGCAGAGCACCCCGGACCCCGACAGCCUCCAGGAGCUGCCGGAUGGGCCAAGCCUGACACCAAGGUACGUGGAGGAGGAGGAGGAGGAGGAUGAAGAGGCAGCGGUGCCGGCUCUGAGCAGCGGGGGACCCCACGCCGCGCUAUGGGCCCAGACCACCACGCAGUUGAGCCCCCUCGACACCAUCAUCCUCAUCUACCUGCUGCUGAUGGUGGCCCUGCUGCUGUCCUCGGGGUACAUCGGUCUGCGCAUCGUGGAGCUGGAGCAGCAGCUGGCGUCCGUGGGGGCUUGGCCAGACCUCAACCUGCCGCACCAGUACAAGAAGACAUGAGGACAGCAGGGACCCCGCCCCAGCCGGGGGGACGGGCUGUGGGGCUGCUCGGAGCCCUUCCCCUGCCUCUUGGGGAACUGCUGGGGACUCCAUCACCGAGUGUCUUCCAGCCCCCCUAAACUGCCUGGGGGGCCCACACAGGCUGUGGGACUUCAUCUUGCUCCCCUCACACCCCCCCACUCUGAGCCACAGCGGGAGGGACGCUGACAGCUCCCAGGGGACAAAGAGAAGCACCGAGGGGCUGGCUGGGGCCAGGCAGAGCAGGGACAGACUAUUUUAUGAAUAAAGAUGUGACCCCCCCCCGCUUUGGGGACACUCUGGACUGGGGCAGCCCCACGCUGCCCCUUCCCUGA